AUGGACGAUCCCCUUCGGCCCAACAAAGCAGACUAUGAUCGAGUCCUCUUUCAAAGAUUUCAGGCAUGGUCCUCCUAUCUCGAAUUCCCGGACGCAUCUUCCCUCCUCCCGUGGGAAUGUUUCAAUCUGAAGGGGCUUCUCCAGCGAAUGCCUUCUUUCCUCGGAUGCAGCCUGCUCUUCGAGGAUGCUCGGAUUCCGUUGAGCUUAGUGGAAAAGGGAUCCAGGGAAGGCCAGUACGGUUUAAUCUCCAGCUGUCGCUCGAUAUGGCGAACUACCGCAAGCCCCGAACAAUGUUCCUUGAAACCAAAGGCCCUGCCCACCCAGCUUGUAGUAGGCGUGCAGAGCUCGCUUUCCGUGUAUCUUUCCGACUCGGCACCUUUGACGGAGUGGCCGGGUACUCGGGGCAUCUCGGGCCAGGACGAAGGCAACUACCUUGCCGUCUUGUUCCUGGCUUGGGCUUAUAUCCUUUCAGCACGAUGGGCAGAGCUAAUGGAGAGGGUGCCUGGUUGCAGAACGGAAGACUGUCAGCUUGAUGGGAAACCGAACGAUCAAUAUGCCGCCGUCAUCGGGUUGGGAUACCCUGCCGACUCAGACGAGGCAGGGUGGUGGGCGGCCAUACUGUCUGGUUCCCAUCAUUCCGGAACAGUAGAGCACAACCAGCGAACCUAUCUAUCCCCAUGGUCCGUCCGCAUUGCAGAAACAUCCCGCAUUGCUGUUGCGGAUUAUUGCCCCUCCGUGGCUGGGAUUGAACGGCCGCCACCACCGUCUUCCUGCACGGCGCUAGGGUAUCUCUCACGGCUCUGUGCCCGCCACCGCCUGUACGGCCAAUGCUCGGCUGCGCUAGCAGCGGUGCUCUAUGUUCCUUUUCUUCGGGGGAAGGCAAUCUCACUCCCAGUGCCCCGACAAGUCCUCCAGCCACAGGCAAAGCCCACACAACCGAUCGACAAGGACCUCCUCAUUGCAGAGCAUGGAAGAUUGCUUCCGUAUUACAUGACGUUGAGCACCAAUGUGUGGGGCAUGCGCUCGCUGCUGUGCAGCACUUUUUUCAAUGCGGAUAUUGCAUGCAAUCUCGUCAUCAUCGAUCCGCUCCUUCAAGCGAAUGACAUGCCGGCACUCGUGAGGAUCUUCGCACGUCGAGCACCUAGACUGGGGAGCUUAUGGCUUGGUGCUGUCAUCGUGGACAUGGCCAAGUCCACGUUACGGGAUGUUCGCAAUGGGUUGACAGCACUUGACCUUAGCGCCGCUGCAUGGACAGGAACGGACCAGUCCUACAUUACAUUGAAAUCAAGGCCUAGCGACGGAACCACGAUUCGCCGCGAGGAUGAGUGUCGUCUGCUCUUCCUUACGGGUUGCGACGGAUUCACUCGAGCUCCCAUCUAUCCGUGGAAGCCAUUCGGCACUACACUGCUGUGUGACACCGAACCUCAGGUCCAGCAACAUGCAGACUGCGGGUGCCAUGGGCUUGUUCCUGACGAGUACAGCAAUGCUCUAGAUACACAUGAUGGACACGAACAACAAGAACAGCAGCAGCAGCAGCACGCUUUCACAACAAUGCAAGAAAUUGAUCAAUACUCCUCCGAGUCCCUAUCCGAAGCCGCUACCCGCGGAAUAUUCAAUUGGCUAAGAUCAACAGGGUACCCCGCAGAUGAGAAGCCCAUAUACCAGCACUCCUGGAUUGACCUUGAAAGCUCCGACGAGGAGGGCGACGAUGAAGCCGGGGCCGAAAUCGACUCUGACAGUGUCGGAGAAUAG